AGACUUGAGAGUAAUGAAAGCUUGUCUUGCUUUUCCGAUCCUCGCUGCUUUGAUAUCCUCAUCAGUUCCUUCUGCCUGUAGUUGAAACGAUGCUGCCCAGGUAGUUAGGUGAAGGAGUUUGUUUCUUUCACCUCUAUAUUCUUGCUUGGACAAUUUAGCAGUCGCGCUCGUUCAUGAAUCAACUUCUCAAACAAUACCACUGAUAAAAAAGACAAACAAUGAAUUAUCAUAAUUCAAAAAAUUCUGCUGCAAUUUUAGAAAAGAGUUUAACAAAAUUUCGUGGAGAUGCAAAUAUAGCAUCGUUUGCUUAUCUGUUUGUUGAACUGGUCAAAUAUUCAAUGCGUAAUGUAUCUAGUAUGGAUCUUGUCCAGAAAAGACUUUCCGACUUUGGUAAAGCGGUCGGUGAACGUAUGGUCGAUGUUGUCUAUGCUCGAGAUAAACCACAGAAACGUGAUAUUCGCCUAUACAAUGCGCUGAUAUUUUUAAAAAGUAACUUUUGGAAAAGUAUCUUUGGCAAAGAAGCUGAUGAAUUAGAACGUGAUGGUGUCGACGAGAAUAUUUUUUAUAUGAUUGAACAUGAACCAUUGGUUAAUCGGUUUACACGUUUCACCUAUGAAGAUAAAGAUGAAAAGCGUAAAACAGCUACACCGCUUAAUGUGGCAGCGUUCAGUGCUGGAGUUGUUGAAGCGUUCUUAUCGAAUAUUGGCUUUCCUUGUACAGUUUCAGCAACUUGGUAUAAAGGAACAGCGUAUGUGAUAAAAUUUGAUGAAUCGGUGAAUAUUCGUGAAAGACAACUGGAAGGUCGUUAAAUGCUGCAAAUCGACUUACAGAAUAGGCCUCCUCCUUGAAGAACAUGGGCCUUUUUAAAAUAUGGUGUACAAACCUGCUAUCGCUGAACCGAUUGCUUUGUUGACCCUUUUUUUCUAUGUGAAUUAAAUUAUAAUAUCAGUUUCAUACUACA